AUGCACCAUACUCCUGAGCUGGACCAGAGAGGCAGUGCGUCCCCUAGCCUGCACCAGAGAGGCCGUGCGUCCCCUAGCCUGCACCAGAGAGGCCGUGCGUCCCCUAGCCUGCACCAGAGAGGCAGUGCGUCCCCUAGCCUGCACCAGAGAGGCCGUGCAUCCCCUAGCCUGCACCAGAGAGGCCGUGCGUCCCCUAGCCUGCACCAGAGAAGCCGUGCGUCCCCUAGCCUGCACCAGAGAGGCCGUGCAUCCCCUAGCCUGCACCAGAGAAAGACUGUUUCCUCUGAACCACAUCAACUGAUAAGGAGACCACAAACCAGUCUUCAUACAUCACUCCUGCGAAAUAUCCUCACAAAUCAAGAGAUGAUGAUGGACCAAAUGAAAAUCAUCUUCACAACUGUCCAGGGAUUAAAAUCUGUAGCUGAAGAGAUUGGUGUUGAGCCAAAUCUGCUGCCAUUAGCUGAUCGCCAGUCUGUUGAAAACCUGGAGGAGCGGCUCAGAAAUAGUCCUGACCUAAAAAACCAACUGAGAAACGCACUGGCUCUUACAGGUGGGGGAGACGUUAAAGAGUGUGUAAAGAGAGUCAUGGGUGCAACCUUAACACACUCUCUGGCCAAGAAUAUCAACAUGAGAGGACUAAAUGGGAAGAUUGGCUUCCAGCACCUGCAGAUAAAAGAUGUUGUGAUCGCGGCUGUGCGACGAAAUCGUCUGACCUCUGAUGCCACAGACCAAGAAAUUGAGAACAGGAUAACCAAAUGGCUUCAAAAUGCACCAGAUAGGAAUGGUGGCCGAAGCGAACGUAUGAGAAGAAAGGAGCAGUGA